CGGCCACGGGAGGGAAAGACGGGAACGAGCAGGAACGAUGGAUAGAGGAGUGUAGGAUUCGGAAAGAGCGAUCAAGAAUAAAAGAGAGAAAAAAUCAAAUGGAAGGAGCUGGGACACCUACACAAAGGCCCACGAACGCUCUUCCCAUUUGACAUUUGCUAGCCGGGUGUACCUUGCGCGUUAGUGUCGCCGCCGCGCACGCACCGUAAAGCCCGUGCUGUUGUAACCUCGCCCUGUGGAGGCAUGGGAGGCAGACGCUCAACUAGUCGGAGCGCCCGGGUGAGAAAAUUGGCGCGCCGUACCACACAAACUACGCGUAGUUGAUCGUCGAUCACGGCUGCCGGGCAUAACAUGAGAAGUGACAUCAAAGAGGGGCAGGGGUGUCCAGCAAAUAACGGCCAGCACCGGCCGUCUCUGGCGGCCGGACGGCUGAUGGGGGAGGCCGAGCACAAUCGUCAUUGUUCCAAGUCCGGGGUUGGAAAAUCCACCGUCGCUUUGCUCGAGUCGACAAUUUCCCGAGACAUGGAACCUACGGAAGGCGGCAAGGCCCAUGGAGAAAAUGAUCCGUCUGUCUAUAUAUCGAGAAAGAGCCAACAGAGAAAUGCAAUAACAGUUUCAAAGCGGACUCGCUCCUACGACAGAAAUGAUUCAAAAUGGUAUGUUCAUAGCAAAUAA